CAAGAUGGCGGCGUAGCGGCCCCGCCCCUUAUUGGCCGAGCGGGGCGGCGGCGCCCGGUGUCGCCGGUGUCCUUGCGGCGGGCGGCGGCGGCCGGGAGCGGAGCCAUGCUGGGCUGCGUGGCGAGGGCGGCGGCCAGGCCCUAUGGCCUGCUGAAGCCAACAGCUUUAGGCAAGAUCCCAGGCAGAUUUCUACUUCAUCAAGAAGCAUUGCCCCCUCUCCCCGUGCCGCCGCUUCAGCAGACGCUGGAUCGCUACCUGCUGACCCUGCAGCCCAUCAUCAGUGAGGAGGAGCUGAACCACACGCAGGAGCUGGUGGCUGAGUUCCGCAAGCCAGGAGGUGUUGGGGAGAGACUGCAGAAAGGCCUGGAGAGGAGAGCGAGGAAAACAGAGAACUGGCUCUCGGACUGGUGGUUGAAGACAGCUUACCUGGAGUAUCGCCUGCCAGUUGUGGUUCACUCCAGCCCUGGUGUGGUUUUACCUAAGCAGGAUUUUCAGGAUCGACAAGGGCAGCUCAGGUUUGCUGCAAAGAUGAUCGAGGGCAUCCUGGAUUUCAAGACCAUGAUUGACAAUGAGACCCUCCCAGUGGAGUACCUGGGUGGGAAGCCCCUCUGCAUGAACCAGUACUACCAGAUCCUUUCGUCCUGCCGCAUUCCUGGGCCCAAGCGGGACUCCAUUGUCAACUACGCCAAGGGCAAGAAGCAAUCCAGACACAUCACAGUGGUUCACAACUUCCAGUUCUUUGAGCUGGAUGUGUACAACAGUGAUGGCAGCCCCCUUACCACCGACCAACUCUUUAUUCAGCUGGAGAAGAUCUGGAACACCUCCCUCCAAACAAACAAAGAACCUAUUGGAAUCCUCACCACCAACCACCGAAACAGCUGGGCAAAAGCUUACAACAACCUUCUGAAAGAUAAGACCAACAAGGAAUCUGUACGUACAAUUGAGAAGAGCAUUUGCACUGUCUGCCUUGAUGCACCGAUGCCACGGGUGUCUGACGACAUCUACCAGAGUCGUGUGGCCGCUCAGAUGCUGCACGGUGGAGGCAGUCGCUGGAACAGUGGGAACCGAUGGUUCGACAAAACCCUUCAAUUCAUCAUUGCUGAAGAUGGCUCCUGUGGUCUGGUAUAUGAGCACGCUCCCGCAGAAGGUCCACCCAUCGUUGCUAUUCUGGAUCACAUUGUGCAAUACACGAAGAAACCCGAGCUGGUAAGAUCACCAAUGAUUCCUUUGCCAAUGCCCAAGAAGCUGCGGUUUAACAUAACUCCAGAAAUCAAGAAUGACAUAGAGAAGGCAAAACAGAACCUUAACAUCAUGGUCCAAGACCUGGAUAUCAAAGUGAUGGUCUUUCAUCAAUUUGGAAAAGCCUUCCCCAAGUCAGAGAAGAUAAGUCCUGAUGCUUUCAUCCAGCUGGCCUUGCAGCUAGCAUAUUACAGGAUGUACGGCCAUGCCUGUCCCACGUAUGAGAGCGCCUCACUGAGGAUGUUCCGUUUGGGCCGCACAGACACCAUCCGCUCUGCUUCUAUUGAGUCUCUUAAGUUUGUGCAAUCCAUGGACAGCCCUGACAAAUCGGACCAGGUGAAAACCGACUUGCUGAGGAGAGCUACCCAGGCCCACAGGGAAUACACAGAUAUGGCAAUAAGGGGGAAUGCAAUAGAUCGCCACCUCUUGGGCCUGAAGCUUCAAGCUAUUGAGGAUUUAGUGAGCAUGCCUGAACUGUUCAUGGACACAGCAUAUGCUGUUGCAACACACUUCAAUCUCUCAACCAGCCAGGUCCCAGCAAAGACAGACUGUGUGAUGUGUUUUGGUCCCGUGGUUCCAGAUGGCUAUGGAAUCUGUUACAACCCUAUGGAUGAACAUAUCAACUUUGCCAUUUCAGCAUUCAACAGCUGUGCUGAAACAAAUGCAGCUCGCAUGGCACAUUAUCUUGAAACAGCACUGCUAGACAUGAGGAGCUUGCUCCAAUCUACUCCCAAAUCCAAACUGUAAGAGGCAAAUACGAUGUAAAAUCCCCCACGAGAGAGGCUGUCUUUCUUGCACUGAAGUUCCCAGUUCCUCAGAAAAUGAUUGAGGGGACAGCCUGUCCUGACUGGAAUCUAGGAGGGCAACAUUUGUUUUCAGCAAGACAGAAUCUAAUAUCUACAGAUAUUAGGCUGUGGGGCAAGAGGAGACGUUGUCUAAAGCCAAAGCACAACUGAGUGGUCCUCUCCCAUCACUGCUAAGUGCACCUUCCUGUCCUCAGAGAGGACUAAAAUCUUUUUAUGGAACUUACUGUAACAGAAUGUAGAGAAAGCACAGUCCUUACCAGUAUCUACAUCCAUUUGGUGAAGAAGGUAGUUCUCCAGGAAAAGCAGGGAAUGUUUAUGAUAUGAGGGGACUACUGCAAGACUAAGGCUUUUUCUGGUUUAGGCUUCUGAAGAGAGCAGCAUCUUUGCAACUCAUCUGAAGAGUUCUUUUACUGCAGCCAAACACCAUCAUUGAACAAAGGGGAGAAAGAAGUCAGAGCAGAUCCUGUCUUGUUAAGAGUGCACUGUACUACCCGUCCCAGGCACCUUAUCAUUACAUACUUUGCAGCCCUGGAAACGUUCCCUUCUUCUAUCUUUAAGAUGCUGAGAUCUUUCCAUUGCACUGACCCAACAACAGUAUACUACUCACUACAAGCUAAGGCAGCUUUGUUUGCUUUGUUCUGGGCUUUUUGUUCAAGCUUGCUGUUUGUGGGCCCAGCCCUUCAUCUUCAGACUGUGUAAAGCUCCUCCUUCAGAGCUUCCACAGAACUUGUCUUGCACAGGUUUUACGAACUUCAGCUUUAGGUACCUUACCUUGCCCUUUAUUGAGAUGAGAAGGAGCUGCCUGUGCAUUUAGCAGAAUAGUUGCUCCACUGUAGUUUUACCUUGCAACUGAGGAAAAGAAACAGAUGCUGACCUUCUGUUUACUAGUCAAAGGGCCACAUGCCUAUUCUCCUUCAGGGCACACAUGUUAAAUCUAACAUGGCUGUAUAACUUGCUUUCAGAAACCAUAUAUUUAUGCAGAAUGUGUUUGGCCUAAGUUGUGGAUAAAGAGGAAUAUUUCUGACCUGGAAUUGCAGAAUGCACUUCUGGUUUUGGCUCACAGAAUUCAAACCUGUUGGCGCCAAAGGAAAAACAGAACAUCCCUUCUUACACAGUGUUCUGCUUUUAAGAAACACAAACACUUGAAAAGCAGGAAGAAAGCUAAGAAUGCUCAGGCACCUUGAGCUGCUUGUCUGCUGUAGCAGCCAUUGUUCCUGCAGUAACAACACUUUUUUUCUGAUACUCUUACAUUUUCUUCUUACUGCAGUGUUAUUCAGAUCUGUGCCAUCUCUGUUAUGUGGACGAUAAUCUUGUAACAGUGCUUUCAUGUUCAACUGAGACAGUAGAAGAUUAUACAAAAAACAUCUACGUACAAUUUUUGCACAGGAACAUUUUCCAAGCACUACUUCCAAUCAAUCUGCAAGAAUCUAAGCUCCCUUAAUUUUUAUUUAGUCAAACUGAGUGGUAAUGAAGAAUUCUACUGCUUCUACUGCUAUUUCAGCAACAGGAAUUUAAUAUUUAAACUGCACACCCUUCAAGAUAAGAUGGUUGGGACAUCACAGUAAACAAGAUGCAUUGUAAAUCUGAUGGCCUGUACUGUUAAGAGCAAAACAUUUGAUCCUAAUUGCUACUUUUAUGAUCACAGAUCUGAUCAAAGUGCCUUGGUAAACAGACGUGAGGAAUUUUGCACUAAAUCAGUUUUAGAGAAAAAUACUGUUCUCAUCUGCUUUGAAAAAGACACAAAUCAAAACUGUUGCAGUUUUUUUCUAGAAGGAUAUUGUUUUAAAGCUUCAUACACCUAAAUCAACCUUACAAUGGAAAAUUUAACUGAAACUCACCUGCACAGCCAGUGAUUGUAUGAACUGCCACCUUCACAUCAUUUACAUGGAUUUAGUUGAUCUUUUAGAAGAAUCCUGAAUGGAGUGCGAUAGUCUAAGGAAACAGUGGGAGCACCAAAAACCUGUGAACACACAUUCCUGCUCUCUUAUUCCUCUGCUGUGAGGUAGACUGAAAAUUACAAGAGGAUAAGCAGUAUUAUCAGAGAGUGAGCGACUGUAAAUACUACAUAAAAGACACCUUGCUGAAAGAACAGCUACUUUUAUAAUUUUUACUUUGAAAAAUGUAUUUUUUUGUUUGCCAAAGUAAUCUUCCCCUCAUGCUGGAUCAACAUCUGUGCUUGGGGGUGAGUUACUUUCCCAUCUGCAAUGCCUUGAACCACUGAUAAUACAGCACUGUCAUUUCAGUACUUGUAAGCUGCCCCUUUUUCCUUCUGUCUUAUGAAAGGAAAGGGCCUUAAAUAAAGUGCCUAUUAAACAUUGAGCAGAAGAAAUGCCCUGCUGUGACUCUAUCUCAGAAGAUGGGACUGAUAUUUCCUGGCUCUAAGUCUAGAUAUCCCACCAGCUUCAGCAGAGCGCAGCUGUGAGAAGCAGAGUAUCACACUGAAAGACAAGGUUCUUAAACCACUUGAUGCAUCCUUAAUGACAUAAGGAGCUGAAAUUCAGAUGAAAACUUGCUUUCUGAUGUGCUUGAAAGGACGCUGAAAUCAUUACAAGGUUUCUCUUUAAAAAGAAAAACGUACUUUAUUGUGCAGGUUCUAAAAUGUGAUAGUAUUCCAAUUCAUACCUUCAGUUUUUCCAGUGUAAACUUACUGAAUACUGUUCUCCUCUCUGUUUUUGAUUGUCUGAUUGCUUUAGUGAGAGAUGUCGAUAGUCUUAAAGAUGCAUUCAGUACGAGAAACAAAACUUCUGGGAAAACUACUGAUUUGGAGCAAAUAAAGAAACGCAUAGACUGAGAACAUUCAACAAACUCCUGGGGUUUAAGUGCAAUUUAUGAUACAGCCUGGUAGUGUUUGCAUGCUUUGCUGGUUAGCUGUAUUAAGUUCUGUUUUGAUAAUGUAAUUCAUGUCGUGCAGUUUUGAAAUGUUCUUCGAAUAAACUGAAACACAAUAAACAAGUCAGUGCUACAAAAAUA